AAUGCGGUUUCCGCUAGAAGGGAUCAGAACUGCAUCAGGAAGGAAGGGUUUCAUGGAUUCUAUACGAGUGGUCAUCGCGGCGCUGCUGCUUACAGGAGUAGCUGCCGGCAGUACCGAAGACUCCAACUUGUUUCUGGACAUCAUUCUGGAGGCUUUCCUUCCUGACCUUGUGAGAAACGCCUCGCAAGAUCCUCUCCCGCUUGCCGAUAUUCGUUUUGACGUUGUUGACUAUUACGUCCCCACCGACAGAACCACAGUUGAAUUCUCUGGUGGACGACUGAUCGGGUUGGCCUCCAAGGUUCGCCGACAUGGACAGUGCACACGUCCAAGGCUGCUAGCUGAGAGAGUCACUCUGGAGUGCGAGCUGACAUUAGACGGUGUCAGCGUCAGCUACAACGGGUCUUACAGAGCUCCCGGAAAGGACGGGAAGAUGCAGACUAUUUCUGUGGAGUUGAUUGUGCUGAACACUUACGCCGUCGUACGAGUCACCAGCAAAGAAGAUGGAACACCAGUGCUGAAUAACUUCAGUAUUCCAAAGAUGAACCUGAAGCUCAAAGAUACAGGGUUCGACUUCGCCCAGUCAGACAACGUGAGGCAGACACUGAGACGAAGCGUACAAAGCAAGCUCUCUUCCGUACUGUUUCGAAAAUUCCGGAAGACCCUGGAGGAAGCAUUACAAAGUGUGCUCAUGCCUAUUGCUUGAAAGGGAUCCUGAAAGGGUGUUGUAUUUCAAUAAAAUCGAGCACCCAUGUCUUGAUGGAGGGAUGGGCAACCCCAAUGUCCCCCCUAAAAUGAAAUUUUAGUACCUUCUCCUGAUGUCCACGCGCAUUAAUGACACCAUUUGCUAUGAUGCCGCUUGACGAUCAAAUGUUCAGACGUUGCGGCAACGUUUCAUGCACAAAUAUAAUGUUACAGCGAA